AGUCUCCAGCGGCUGCCUGGCCGAAGCUCCACCACACGAUCGCCGGGAAAACGCCAUGCGUGCUCUACCAGUUCACCGUGUCCUUCCUCUGCCGUGACGCAACCUCGCUCCCCCCGCUGCUUCGCCGCCCGCCAGUCCGCCACUGUCGUCGCUUCAGUUCUCACCUAAUAUCAGCCCGAGAGAAUUCCUCGUCCGGCCGCUGGUUUUCUCUACUGGAGCCUAGGUUCUAGAAGCGCGUCUCCCCAGCUACGCUUCGAACGAUCUGGCAAAAAUGCGCGUGGCGAUGGCUUCUCCCUCCCUCUUCCUCUCCCCGAGCCCGCCGCUGCACCGGCCGCUGCUCCCUUCACUCCCGGCGCGUCCGGCCUCUCGUCGCAACGGUCUCCGUCGCGCCCGUGCCGGGACCCGCCUCCGCGUGGCCGCGCCGCCCUCGGUCCCCGGCGAGGCGGAGCGGACGGAGGAGCCGAGCACGUCGUCGCCGGAGUCGGGGGAGAGGUUCGUGUGGCGGGAUCACUGGUACCCGGUUUCCCUCGUCGAGGACCUCGACCCCCGCGUACCCACCCCGUUCCAGCUCCUCAACCGCGACCUCGUCAUCUGGAAGGACCCCAACUCCGGCGAGUGGGCCGCGCUCGACGACCGCUGCCCGCACCGCCUCGCCCCACUCUCGGAGGGGAGAAUCGACGAGACUGGCUGCUUGCAGUGCUCCUACCACGGCUGGUCAUUCGAUGGCUCUGGCGCCUGCACGAAGAUCCCCCAGGCCGCGCCUGAGGGGCCAGAAGCCCGGGCGGUGCGGUCGCCGAGGGCUUGUGCGAUCAAGUUCCCCACCCUCGUGUCUCAGGGGCUGCUCUUUGUGUGGCCUGACGAGAAUGGGUGGGAGAAGGCCAAGGCUACCAAGCCUCCAAUGUUGCCAGAAGAGUUCAAUGACCCGGCUUUCUCCACGGUGACGAUCCAGAGGGAUCUGUUCUAUGGGUAUGAUACGUUGAUGGAGAAUGUCUCUGACCCGUCACAUAUAGAAUUUGCCCACCACAAGGUCACUGGACGAAGAGAUAGAGCCAGGCCUUUGACAUUCAAAAUGGAAUCAAGCGGUGCAUGGGGAUAUUCAGGGGCUAAUUCUGGUAAUCCUCGCAUCACUGCAACUUUUGAGGCCCCUUGCUAUGCCUUGAACAAAAUAGAGAUUGACACAAAAUUACCUAUUCUGGGAGAUCAGAAAUGGGUAAUAUGGAUUUGCUCCUUCAACAUUCCAAUGGCCCCAGGAAAAACUCGCUCUAUUGUUUGCAGCGCUCGAAACUUUUUUCAGUUUACCAUGCCAGGAAAAGCAUGGUGGCAGUUUAUCCCUCGAUGGUAUGAACAUUGGACCUCAAAUUUGGUCUAUGAUGGUGAUAUGAUCGUUCUUCAAGGCCAAGAGAAGGUUUUCCUAUCUGCAUCUAAGGAGUCUUCUGCUGAUGUUAACCAGCAGUACACAAAGCUCACAUUCACACCCACACAGGCUGACCGAUUUGUUUUAGCAUUCCGAGCAUGGCUAAGGAAAUUUGGCAAUAGCCAGCCUGACUGGUUUGGAAGUCCUAGCCAAGAAGCAUUACCUUCUACCGUCCUUUCAAAGCGUGAGAUGCUAGACAGAUACGAGCAGCACACACUGAAGUGUUCGUCUUGCAAAGGAGCGUACAACUCCUUCCAGACCCUGCAGAAGGUCUUCAUGGGAGCAACGGUGGCGUUCGGCGCCACCGCUGGGAUUCCUGCAGAGGUUCAAUUCAGAAUAUUGCUUGGUGCUGCUGCUUUGGUUAGUGCGGCUCUGGCGUACGCCUUCUUCGACCUCCAGAAGCAUUUUGUGUUUGUAGAUUACGUGCAUGCUGACAUUGAUUAAGACGAUCAUGUGGUGUUUUUUGUGAGGAUCCUAUAUAGCAUUAUCAGACGAAUCACGUGCAUAACAUAGCCAAAGAAUAUUAGCAGCUUUUUUCAGUUGAUACAACCUAGUGUCAGUAUUUUUAUACUCACUGAGCCCUAGGCCUCUGCUAGCACUUACCAUAAUAUGUAUAGUGGAGUACUAUUUAACUAGUAAGAAGUUGUAAUGGAUAAUCCUUUCAGUGAAUAUAUUGCGUUCAUAAUUGUUGUACAA